AUGGCGCUUGCGGUUCGCCUCAUCGGCCGCCGCCAGCUCCUCCCGUCGCCGCUCGCCGCCGCCGUUGCUCACCUCUCUGCUGCUUCCCAGAGCCCGUGCCACCACCACCACCACCCACUUCCGAUCCCCGCGCUCCCGUUGCCCCCUCGUGAGCUCCCUCCUUUUGCUCUUCACUCGCGAAGCUUCUCAUGGUACUCCCGCUCCGGCUCCGCCUCCGGGUCUGGUCCCAGUCCCGGCACCGCUGCUGCGGACGCUCCCGGAGAGGAUGUGUACACCGAGAAGGAAAGCGUGUACUUGGAUGGCGUGACAACUGUUGAUGAUGGGGAAGGGGUCGCCAACGGAGCGGGUGCUGCGGCGGAUGCCGUGGGAGGUGCCGCCGGCGCCACGGCCGACGGCGUCGGGGGAGUGUCGGAAUUGUCUGUUAGCACAGUUUUGGACCUCAUGGACGGGUUCCAUAGCCUCACCGGACUGCCGUGGUGGAUGACAAUCUCCUUUUCUACUGUGGCCAUGAGACUGUUGAUACUUCCUGCCCUCAUAGUGCAGCUUCAGAAGAUUGCUAAAAUUGGUGAAGUAUUCCGAAAAUUGUCCACUUCAUUACCCACUCCUCAGCCUGGAAAUAACUUCCGUGAACAGUAUGCUCUGUUCCAGAAGAAAAAGAAGGAGUUUGGUUGUCCCUCAUUUCUUUGGAAUUUUGCCUAUUUUUCGGUACAGUUCCCUUGCUUUAUACUUUGGAUGAUGAGUAUACGGAGCAUGUGCUUGAAUAAUCACCCUGGAUUUGAUAAUGGUGGGAUUCUGUGGUUCCAUAACUUGUCUGAGUUUCCACAUGGCACUUUAGGUCCCAUCUUUCCUAUCUUAGUUGCUGGUCUGCAUUACCUAAAUGUUCAGAUUUCUUUUCAGGGGUCCCAGAUCAAGGAUCAUCCAGGAAUUUUUGGCUUGCUGGCUAAGUACUAUAGAAUAUACCUCGAUGUCCUGACUAUCCCUUUGUUUCUUAUCGCAUACAUGGUUCCUCAGGGAAGCCUGGUCUACUGGACUACGAAUAGUUUAUUUUCUGUAGCUCAGCAAUUGUCCUUGAGAAAUGAUGCUGCCCGCAAGCUGUUGGGAUUGCCAGAUACUAGGGCUCAGGUUAGUUACAGAGCACAAAAGUCACCUCUUGAGAGGCCACUGCUUGAAGAUGCUGACAUGCAAACGAAAUCGAUGUCAUCUGAUAAGGGAACUGCCAGUGAGAGUACAGCUCCUAAUUUUGUAAUGGAAAGUAUGGAAGGAAAUAUAUCUGUGUCCAGUUCACCUGAGGAGCUACUUGAACAAGCAUUACAGUAUCUGGGGACUGGCUGCCGAGAUCAAGCUCUUCCACUGAUCAGGACAGCAGUAGAGAGAAACCCAGAUCUGUCUGUGGCAUUGAUUGGAAUGGGACAAACCCUGUUCUCAAAUAAAUUGUUUCCUGAAGCUGCAGUUUGUUUUGAACAUGCUAUACCAAAGAUUCAAGAAGAUGACCCUCUUCUUGUGCUUGCAUAUUUCGGGGCAGGUCUUUCAAACGAGCGUCAGGGGGAUAAUGAGACCGCAAUCAAACUCCUGCAGAGAAUAGCAGAGCUCAAGGAACCGGAAAAGCCCAUCAACAAAACCUGCUACUUCCAAGGGAUGCUUACUUUGGGAAGUAUAUUAUCUAGAGAAGGCCGGAAUUCUGAGGCUGCCAAAUAUCUGCGGAUGGCUAUUGCUUAUGAUCCUUCAGUAGAAAGACUUCUUAAGGAAUGCGAGGAAGGAAUGGAUGAUCAACCAAAGCCAGAGAAGUGA